UUUGUUUAUCAAAGACAACGUUACAUCAAAAAAGCCAAAAUAAACUAACCCAAAUGUAAUCUAACAUGUAUGACUUUUGGUGCUUUCCUUUCAUCAGAAUGAUCUUGUUUUACAUUUUUAACAAUCUAACCCAUUCGUUUAAACUUAAUGUUGAAUGUUGCCAAUACAUUAAUAUCAAAAUUAUUUUACGUUUUUAACAAUCGACAUGCUUCCCUUCAUCAGAACGGGAUGCUUUCACUUUCAUUGUCUAACAUAAAAGUUCUCUGAAUAAGGAUAUAUAUUUCUUUGGUUAAAUCUAUCUCGAGAGAGAUUCUUUCAAAAAUUCUUGUUCUAAAACCCAUUGAACAACUUGCGAAAGCCAUUACAACAAAGAUCGAAAUAAAAAAAAUAUAUCUCCGUUUACAGAAGUCGGAGGAAAGCAAAAAUACCCUGGAAACUUUGAAAGAAACAAACAGAAUAAAACCAUAAUACUAGAAAAAAGAGAACUAUUGGAAGAGAAAUCUCAGCUCCGGUGAUAAGAAAGUCAUCAGUGCAGAAACAAAAAAGAUCUCCAUUUCUUCUUGACGACUUGGGUUUUUCUCUCUUUUAGUUGUUUAAAAUCAAUGGUUGUCCUGCGAUUAAAAAGUUAAAUAUCAAAUAAAUACUACACUACUAAGAGUUUUCAUGUACCAUACGCAGAAAUAAUAUUUUUAAAUAUAAAUUUUUUUAUUUUAAAAUAAUUUUUUAAUUUACAUUUGGAUAAUAUUAUUUUUUAUUUUAACUUAAACAUUUUGAAAUAAAACAAAAUCACAAAUAUAUGUUUGAAUAAAUUUUGGAUUUUUGUUUGUUUGAUUAAAAUAUGUUAAACUAGGAAAAUCAAUUUGUUAAAUAACCUAAUGAAGCGAUAAAUUUAAAUAUAAUUUUAUAAUUUAACUAUGUAAAAGUUAUUUGAUUAAUGUUGCUUUAGUUUUGUAUUGGUUGAUGCACACUUAUAAUUAAUUUUUGUAAAAUGUAUUUAUUUAUACAAAAUAUGAUAUACAAGUUGAUGUAAAAAUUAUAUUAGUAAUUAUAUUUAGCUUAUAUAUAUAUAUUAAUUUAAUAUUUAUAUAUGAGUUUUAGUUAUUAAUAUAUAUAAUAGUCUUGUCAAAAAUAUUUAUAUAGAAAUUUACAUUAGUGAUGAUAUAAGAGUUAAUAGUCAUUAUACCAUAUUUUAUAAAUCUUACCAUAUAUAUAAAAUUUUAAGAGGAAAAUUGUAUAUGUCACAGUUAUGUUAAUGCUUUUUUAUAUUUUUACAAGCCUUGUCACUUUUAUAUUAAAUAUGAUGAUGACACAUAUGCAAAUCAAUUCACAAAUUAUGUUUAGGGAUAUCCAUUUUAAAUAAGUUGGAUUUAUUCUGCACAUUUGUUUAAAGUCAAUAUCAUUUCCAUUCAGAUAUAUCCUUUUAUUGCUAAGUAUCUUAGCAAUAAAAGAAAAAAAAAAAAGAAAAUAAAGAAAGAAACUCAAUGUUUAUCAAACAAGAUUUUGCUAGAUAUCCAUCAGAAUUCUCUUCGACACAUGUUUAUUUAUAAGUGGAUUUAUUCUUUACAAGUUGAUAAAACAUAAUCCAACCACAAAACGCUUUACAAAUAAGCCAUGCAAAUACACAAAUCACUCAAAAGUUAAAACACUCUUUCAUAAAAGCCAUUUCUUUCUCUCCCAUAAUCUCUCUCAAUGGCUUCUAACCAUAAUACUCUUAAUUCUUCAAGAGUAGCGAUCAUCGGUGCUGGUGUCAGCGGCUUAGCAGCUGCUAAACACUUAGCUCGACAUAAUCCGACCGUGUUCGAAGCCUCGGAUUCGGUGGGAGGUGUUUGGAGGAACUGCACUUACGGGACGACUAAGUUACAAUCGCCUCGAGCCAGUUACGAAUUCUCUGACUUUCUAUGGCACGAUAGGAAUAAUACUGCUUUCCCAACUUACGUUGAGAUAUUAGAUUACUUGGAAUCUUACGCUAAGCAUUUUGAUCUUUUCAAGUACAUCAAGUUUGGCUCUAAGGUCACUGAAGUUAGGUUCAACGGUGAAGUUGAAGCUCCACAGAUGGUUGGCCUCGGUGAUUACGGCAACUUGUUGCCCGGAAAACCUGUCUGGGAAGUCGCUGUUCAGACCAGAGAUAGAAAUCCUGAAGAUAUUCAGUGGCAUGCAUUUGAGUUCGUAGUCAUAUGUACCGGAAAAUAUGGUGAUGUACCAAGAAUACCGACGUUUCCUUUGAAGAAAGGGCCGGAAAUAUUCAAUGGGACAGUAAUGCAUUCGCUGGAUUACUGCAAGUUAGAGAAAGAAGAAGCUUCCCAUCUCCUUCGUGGCAAGAAAGUCGCCGUCGUUGGCUUCAAGAAAUCCGCCAUUGAUUUGGCUUUAGAGUCUGCUUUAGCUAAUCAAGGAGAAGGAGGACAAGCAUGCACAAUGGUGGUGAGAACACCACAUUGGGUGAUUCCGCAUUACUGGAUUUGGGGCCUACCAUUCUUCUUGUUCUACUCAACUAGAGCUUCUCAGUUCAUCCAUGAUAGGCCUAACCAAAGCUUCCUUAGAACCCUCUUUUACCUCCUAUUCUCACUUCUGCGUACUGUGGUAUCCAAAUUCAUUGAAUCAUAUGUUAUGUGGAAGCUUCCUCUAAAAAAAUAUGGUCUUAAACCUGACCAUCCUUUUGAAGAAGACUAUGCUUCUUGUCAAAUGGCUUUAGUACCGGAUAAUUUUUUCGAAGCAGCAGAUAAAGGGAUGAUCCGGUUUAGGAAAACAUCAAAAUGGUGCUUUUAUGAUAAAGGGAUUGAGUUUGAGGAUGGGACUACGCUAGAAGCUGAUGUUGUGAUACUCGCCACUGGUUAUGAUGGAGACAAGAAACUCAAAGCCAUUAUUCCUGAAGCUUUUCGAACUUGGCUUGAGUUUCCAUGUGGCCUCAUGCCUUUGUACAGGGCAACAAUCCAUCCAUUGAUACCAAACAUGGGCUUCGUGGGAUACGUUCAAAGUAACUGGAACGUACGCACAGCAGAGCUAAGUUCCAUGUGGUUAAGCCGGCUCAUGGAUGAGAAAUUCAAAUUGCCGAGCAAAGAGAAAAUGUUGGACCAAUUCUUUAAAGAAGUAGAAGUGAUGAAAAGGUCGAGCAGAUUCUAUACAAACCAUUGCUUUUCUACUUUCAUUAUCCAACAUGCUGAUGAUCUGUGUAAUGACAUGGGACUCAACCCUUGGCGAAAAUCCAACUUCUUCCGUGACGUAUUUUGUCCUUAUGGUUCUCAAGAUUAUCGAUUUGAUCAAGAAGAAACUUAAAAUUUAGUUUUAUGUUUGUUUUUUUUAAUUUCUUCUUUCCAAAAAAAAUAAUAAAAAUAAUGGAAAUUUAUGUGCUUGUCGGAAAGAAAUGCUUUUAACCAAGAUGUAAAAUAGAGAGAUCAAUACCAAAAUUGAUAUUGUGACUUUACUUGUA